UUUUUCCCCGUUUGAGAUUCCCGCCCUAGAGAAGCCUCUGCUAGGGCGUGCGUUUCUAAACAGGGGCUGGAAUAAAGAAGUCAGGAGUCUGUGGACCUGAAACAAAAACUAGCUUUGGCUGCCCGCGGGAGCGCUUAAACUGCCGCUCAGUGUGGAGGUGAAACCGCAGCCAGGCGCGCCAGGAAAAGGCGGGUCUAGCCUUUUUCAGAUUGAAGCGGCUGGACUGAGCAUCAACGGCAGAAGCCACCCCUGAGCGCCUUCAAACGCCCUCCUUGGCCGGUCCUUGAGAAGUUCGCCAGUUUCUCUGACUGUCCAGGAGCGCAUCCUAGGUGCAAAUGCAUGUAUUGUAAUUAAAAGAAUAAUUAUACCAUGGCUACAGGAGACUUAAAAGGAAACUUGCAUAAGAUAGAACAAAAACUUCGGGUUAUAAAUUAUCCUAGCGAUGUAGAUUAUAUGGGAUUGGCAAAGGGUGAUCCAUCUGUGUUUUUACCAAUCAUUAGCUACUGUUUCACAUCAUUCUCAACAUAUAUUGCAGAACUUGUAAUGGAAUCAGGGAUGGAACUUACAGCAAAGAAUGAUUCACGUUUUGUUGAUGCCACAUAUAAGCUUCUUCGUGAUCAAUUUCAGUAUAAACCAGUCUUGUCAAAACAACAGUUCCUUCAAUAUGGCUUUGCAGAAAGAAAAAUACAGAUUGUUUGUGAUAUUAUUAGUUACGUUUAUAAAAGGCACAAAGAAUUAAGUAACGUGAAUAAGAUAAAAUCCCAAACAGAAAAGAGAACCCAUUUGGUUAAAUCUCUAUCCCACACAAGUUUUUCUAAUCAGUCUGUUACUGUAGCUAUCAAUACUGUGGAUUUGCAGCAGAAACCUCAAAUAGAACGUCAUAAAAAUGUAACUAACAUGCAUAUCCCUGAAGAUUUCAUCAGUGAAACACUGCAGGAAGUGAAAGAUUAUGUUGUCAAUAAGGUUGAGGUUUUGGACUAUGACACUGAUGUCUUGGAUAAUACAGAUGUGCAGGUUGUAAAGAAGGACAAUGAAUUAGAAGACUUGAAAGGUCAACUUGCUGAACUGCAGCAAAAGUUUCAUUUAUUGAGCAAUGUGGACGAAAAGUUACAGACUUUAGAGAAGAAACUACAAGGGAAAAUUGUUAUAGAAGAGAAUGAGUGGAAUAAUCUUUUGAGCCGUGUCCUCCUCCUUGAAACACAACUGUUGCUUCAUUCCAAAACAGCUGAUUUAUAUACAGAAUUAAAUAAUGUGAGUGAAGAAGAUUCUUCUAGCAGAAACACGACUCCAUCUUCUUGUGAUAAAGAGAGAGUAGAAUUGCCAGACAGUCCUCAUCAGUCAUCUGGAUAUAGUUCAUUGUUAUCUGCAGAUCCAUCUCCCAAAGCCCUGGCUGUUAAUGAUGAUGUGUCAGAGGUUUCAAAAGAAACAACAAUCCAAAAAAUGGAAAGAAUAAACAAAAUGGUUGAGGAAACUUCAGAAUUGUUGAAGAUUUCACGUAACACCUCUUCAGAGUAUUCUGUUCAGCCAGAGAACUGAAACUAAUUAUGUGUGUCCUUGAACUUUUUUAGAACUCUUUUGUUGUGUUUGGGAUUGAAAUUAUUUAAACUAUUUUUCUAUAUAUAUAUAUAGUAUAUAUCUGUGCCAUUGAUAUGUAUCAUUUCAUUACAAAUAACUCAAUAUGUGGCAACAUUAAUGUACUCAGUCUAUUUUUGUAACAAAAUUUGCUGGCAUUAGGUUAAAUGGUAUAUAGUUUUAAAGAACUGGCUCAAUGAGUAUAUUUUAUAUUUUGUUGGAAAUAUUCUAUCUGUGGCUUGCAUAUUAUACCUAAGGAAAAUAUAUAUGUGCCAUCAGUAAAGUGUGCAAGCCUUUUACACAUAUUGUAUAUAUAUUGUUUUUUAACUUAGCUUAAAUACAUUCAGAUAUAUUUUAAUAUUUAUCUGUGAACAGAGCAGCAAUACAUUUCAGCUUUCAGCGUGCAUGAUAAAGUAAAGGCUAUUUUGAUAAAAGUUAUUCAAUACAUAAAUAAGAUUUUGAGAUUUUGACUGGUAAAUAUGAUGAAUAUUUUAGUGCUAGAUAACCUGACACAUUUUAAAAUCAGAGGGACAGAUGGAGACCAUUGGGUUGGUAUAUAAAAAUGCACACUUUUAUGAUUUGAAGCCGUAUAAAUGAUUCUUUGGAGAUUAAAGUCAAUGUAAAAUAGUCAUAAAUAUGAUUUAUUUGGUGAGAAAUACCUAAGGAAUUGGGGAAAGGAAUAAAUGUCUU